CUUCCUAGAUAACCUUUCAGACAUCAAGCACACAGAUGACCUUCCACAGAAAUGUAAGCUAUGUUUACAGGGAAAAUGGAGAGGAAUAUAAAAUAUCAUAAUUAAAAAAGAAAUAGAGGAAAAUGGUAGAACAUUUUUAGCAAAAAGAUUUAUAAGACUUGUUAGGAUGGCCCUUAGUGUUUGGUUUAACAAAUACAAGUAAAAACCCUGUUUCACAGGUCGCAGCAGCAGCUUUAGCAACAGCAGCAGCAGCCUUUUAUAGCCCACUUCCUUCCCCCAUUAACAGACCUACCAUAAAACAGGGGAGACAAACAUAUAUACACUAACAUACAAAGCAGCUAAAACAUCACCCUUAACAAACAUUAUCUAUCACUAAACGCCUCUCAAAACAUUUCUAUACAUAGAUUCAAGGCCAUAACCUUAAACACUAAAGUGCACAGUUUACUUCUCCCCUUCAAUUCAUAAUGAACUCUUCCGGAACCUUUAAAAGGUGCUCAGGCCCCCAGGGAAUCUUUUAGCCUGAACACCCUGCAGAGGAAGAGACAGAAGUAAGUCAUUUGUACCACAAUACACUGGAAAACAACCUCACACUAUUUCAAAGAUUACUCAGUUAUACUGGUAUUUUAUCCAUUUGUUUGGUUUGUUAACAGGACAGGUCAUCAUCAGUACCAGCUGAGAAGAAGCUGCCUAAACACCCACAAAGCACAAAGGAAACAGGCAAUAGGAAGGAGUUGGAGCGGGUGGAGGAUGUGUGGCGGGGAGAAGCCCAGGAUCUUCUGUCCCAGAUCGCUCAGCUGCAGGAGGAGAACAAAAACCUCCUCUCCAACAUGUCCCUCAAAGACUCUGUGAACGAGGAGGACCUGCAGAGGCACGAGGGUAUGACGGAGAGAGAGAAGCAGGUGAUGAUGAAGUUGAAGGAGGUGGUGGACAAACAGAGGGACGAGAUUCGAGCGAAGGAUCGCGAGCUAACGCUGAAAAACGAGGACAUAGAAGCACUCCAGCAGCAACAAACUCGUCUCAUGAAAAUCAACCACGACCUGCGCCAUAAGAUCUCCGUGGUGGAGGCUCAGGGGAAAGCACUGAUUGGACAGAAGGUGGAGCUGGAGGCCGGCGCCCAGGCACAAGCGCAGGAAGUCGGCGCCCUGCGGCAAGAAGUAGCGCGUUUGCGGGAACGGCUUCAAGGAGAGCCGACUGCACAGAACCCUGAGGAACUCCCGCUGCCUCAGCCCCCGUCACCAGCUGAGCGUGAUAAAAGUGCCAAAGUGGUUUUGAAUGCUGAGGGUUGGUCAGACAGACCCGACGCCUGCCAGCUGGUGCUGGGUGGGUUUGGUCCACCCCUGCAGCCCCAAGCUUGCUCCCUGAGUUCAGAAGGACAUGAGGAUGAGGAGGCAGAGGACGAAGCUGCGUUGCUUUGGGAGGCGAUGUGUGAUGAGGACAUGCCUGGUGUGUUCCAAUAUUUCACCAAGGAGGCGAUGUGCGAGGAGGAGUCGGGCGGACUGGACCCGAAGGACCCCAACAGGCCCCGCUUCACUCUGCAGGAGCUGAGGGACGUCCUACAUGAGAGGAAUGAGCUCAAGGCCAAAGUGUUCCUACUGCAGGAGGAGCUGGCGUACUACAAGAGUGAUGAAGUAGAGGAUGAGAUUGCAACUUCUUCUCCGUCUCCCUCCCCUGAACUGAGGACCCGCUCCCGAUCUUCCACCCAGCCUGAAUCAGGAAUCAAGCGCCUGUUUAGUUUCUUUUCACGUGACAAGCAGCGCGGCUCGCAGCAGGGCGCACAGCUCGAUGCCAGCUUUGGCACAUGGACACAGAGAGAUGACGUGUACACGGAACAAGCCCAGGAGGCUCUGCAGCAUCUGUAGGAACACUCCACAUCCAUCACUCCCCCCUGCACAUUAAACUGCCUCUAGUGACUCAUUCUGCAGACAUAAUGUGCUUCAAGGUGAGAGGACUUGCAGGAUGAAGAGGAUCUUCAUGGGGAAAUGCAUUAAAACGUUUAUUUAAACGUAAGAAGAAACUGUUGUCAGUUAGAGAUUGUGAUGCUUUAAAGGCAGGAAUCAUUUGCACCGGAGGUGGUUAAUCCACACUGAAGGAUGGAGAGAGGAGGUUGCAGAGGAGAUGAGACAUGAGUGUGCAGCAAAUUUAUUUAGACUGAAAAAGAAAGUUAUCCAGAUUGUUGUUGGUUUUAUUUUUUUUAUUUCGUCAAGUAGAAGGUGAAGCUGCAAGGUAAAGUUUACACUCACUUUAGUUUUACAGUUGAGCAAUAUUUUUUACCUUAACAUUUUCUGUCACAUUGGCCCCAACAUGGGAUCACCACCAGCAUUUAGUGCAUUCUGAGCAGCUCCAUGGAGCAAAUCAAGGCCUGAGUUGGAGAAGUUGCAGCUAAUCAUGAUUUAAACUGUGCCUAGCGCCAGAUAAAACACAACACAUUUUUACAGCAGGAAACACUAAGGCCCAUUUCUGCAAAGAAAACAGCAUGAAGAAAUAAUGGUGGCGCAGUAUCGAAACUAAACUAAAAUACCAAAACUAAUGAUAGUAUGACACAUUUUGGGUUUAUUUAGACUUCCCUUUGAGAUUGUUAUUAGAUAUAGUAUCAGGAAUAGCUUUUAUUUUAUACUUCAUUGUACUCACAUCCUUUUUUAACUAAGAAAUUCUUAAUAUUAUUUAUUACAUCACUUUAAUCAAUCAUCCCAAUUCUGAUUAAAAAGCCUGAAUACGUCGUAGCCUAGAGUCAGCGGAUUGUUUUAUUACAUUAAAAUAAUUUAUCCAAAAUAGCAUUGGUUUAAGCGAACUAAUCAUUUGGAUUCAUUUCACUAAUGUCUUUAGACUUUAUAAAAUGGCUUCUUUUUUUGUUUUUUGUCCUGGUUUUUACAACAAUUUAAUUUCUAUAAAAUCUACACAUGGGUACAUACGUCACCCUCCACAAUUAUAGGCACUCCUGAUAUAAAUUUGAAAAAAGUAAAUGCAGUAAAUUAAGAUGCUGCAUUUAAUCAGUGUUACAUUGUGUGCAUUAGUGUUGAGAUUGUGUCCCAUUUAACUUUUACCAUUGACUUUCUGGAUGCUGCGGUAUCUGGCUUUCUCGAUGGCAACAGAUUUUUUUAUCCCAACAGACGAUUAGGGAGGGCAGCCUUUUCUUUCUAACAAUACAUGUGAAUGAAUGCAAACAGCUCGAGCCUUCAACAAAUUCGUGUCUAGCUUUAGCCGACAGUGUUUUCAUGCAGAGCAGUUUGAACCAAUAGACAAAACCUCUGGAAAAGUCGUUGAAGGACCAGUUUUUCAGUUGUGCUCUUCGCAGGUUUCAUCCAAACCAGCAGCUGUAUGAGUCGGUCACAUGACACAGACGGACAGGGAGCUGCAGCAGCCAAUACGGUCUCUCUUUAAUUGUGAAUCUCAUUGCAAAUGAUGGAGACCUUGGUUGUUAGAGAAAGUCCGGUUGGUUAGAUCAACAAAGCCAUGUGCAGAGUCUGGAAGCUGUGGAAACGUUUCAUUAAGCCGAGUUAAAAAGAAAACUGACGAGGGAAAACACAGCUGUGCAAUAAAUGAGUUCAACAACAGCCAUAUUAAGUUUUGGCUGCAGACUCUCAUACGGAUUGUUUAAAAAUACUGUGAUUUAGAUGGCAUCGGAACGUCUCUAGUUUUUAGUUUACCAGAACAUUAACUUACCCGCUGACCAUGAUUUUACCUUGGUACACUAUAAGACUGUCACUGCUGCAUCUGACUAUUCUGACACAAUCACUGUAGCUUUGUUAUAGAAUUAUUUUAUGAAUAUUUCUGAGUUAGCACCAUAUAACUUUUAUAAAAGAGAUGAAGAAUUUAUGAUGUUAUGAUUUUCUUGGCAGAAAUGGGAUUCCAUGACAAAAUGUGUUUCCUUUUUUUUGACCCAUCAGGAAAUUAACUUUCUGCUACCAAUAUCUGAACAAUAAUCCUCCACUAAUAUAUUUCUGCAAUUUUAAUGAUGCCAAAUCAGUAACAGUGUAUGCUGUCAACGUGCAAGCCGCCAUUUAAUUAAUAAGUAUGACAUUAGCCGGUUAAACCAAAACUGCUUGUUUCCUGUCUGCUGUAUUUCAUGAUUUCCUGCAGAUGUUUGGAUCUUCAUGAUAGACUUAGUUAUUUAAAAACAGAUGUCCCUCCAUGGAAGUUCAAAUCUAUUGUGUUUUAGACCAUAUUUUCUGGAAGGCCUCCAGUACAAACAUCUGUCAAAUUCAUACAGUAGAUUGCUCAGAAGGAGGCUUCUAAGAAACAUCAGUAAAGUUAAAGUUUGGUUUAUAUUUUUCAUAAGUUUUCAUAGUUUCUGCUUCAUCAGCUGCAAUAAGAAGCUGUGUGUGUUUCAAUAGUAAUAGCACUUUAUCUUCAUCUGGAAUAAAUUAUUGUAGAAGAACAAGAAUGCUCUAGCAAGGACAUGGUGAUAAAAGCGUGUGUGUGGUUAAAAACUUUAUUUUUCACAUAAUUAUGCCAGGAAAGAUAUUCCCACAUGGUGGAUGGUGUGUGGACAGCAGAGGGAUCUGCAGGAUUCAGGCAUGAAGUGUUUGAAACAGUCAGACAAUUAAAGGGAAAUCCAGACAAAGCAGCUCGAUGUUUCUCUUCUAUCGUGUCUGUAAGCUGAAAUGAUUGAGAUGUAAUAAAAGCAUCACGGCUGAAAUUCAAACCUGCUUCCUCAGUAAUAAAAGUCAUUAACAUGUAAAAA